AUGCCACUCCCCGGCGAAGCAUCCCGGCCCUUCAUGCCUCCCCUAGCAACCGAGCUACAGCCUCCUCCCUCGCCCAGAACCCACCGCACCCUCCGCCGACUGCAAUCUGCCCACACUCUCGGCUCCAAGGCCUCGAGCCAAGCGUCGCUCAUCACCCAGCAGCGUCUUAGAGAACAACACCAGCAGUUGCAGAACCUACCGCAGCGAUCCAUGUCGCCCAUCAAGAGAGACGUCAGCGGGAGUUACGCGAAUCGCUCGCCGCAGCGGACGCGGGAGCGCGCGAAUAGCGAUGCGGCGAAUAAACAUCAUCUGAAUGCCGUGGCGGCGACGGGCGCGGGCGCCUCGAAGCAGCUGCAGCAACAGCAACAACAACAGCAGUCGGUGAGGAAGACGCCGUUGGCCCACGCGAAUCUAUCCAUGCAGCAGUUGUUUAGGGACGGGCCUCCGGAUGGGGAUUUCGCUGGGGCGUUGGAGGCGACGAGAUAUAAGAUUCUCGAUGAGGGUAUCAAGAGUGAUAGUGAUGGCAUGUCUUCCCUAAGGAUAUACGUCUGGCUCAUCCUCCUUGACGCCCCCAUCCUCUCCACCGACGACUACCUAGCCCUGAUCCACCGCGGCGCAUCACCCGCCUACUCCAAAAUCCGCAACGACACCUUCCGCACCCUCACCACCGACCCACUCUUCCGCCGCCGCGUCAGCGAAGCAAGCCUCAUCCGCCUUCUCAACGCCGUAGCCUGGAAACUCCACGACGCGCGGGAAUCCCAACGCCGCUCACGCCCGCCGAGCAGCCGUUCCUCCCUCGCGCCCGAUAACGUCUCUUCCUCCAACAACAGCCCCGCUCGAUCCGUCAACGUGAACUCGUCGCCCGCGGCCAAGAACCGCGCGCGAGCCCUCACGCUGACGACGGAGGGCUCCGAGUCCAGCGUGGCGCCCGAGCCGGGAACCUACGUGCAGGGCAUGAACGUGCUCGCCGCCCCGUUCCUCUACGCGGCGCGCAGCGAGGCUGAGGCCUUCGUCGCUUUUCACACGAUGCUUACGAGGGAAUGUCCUGGGUAUAUCCGCGGCGCCAUGGAUGGCGUGCAUAAGGGUCUGGCCCUCGUGGAUAAGGUGUUGGCGAUUGUAGAUCCUAAGCUGAGCUUGUACCUUACUUCGAGGGGGCUCAAGGCGGAGAUUUACGCUUUUCCUUCGGUGUUGACGCUGUGCGCUUGUACGCCGCCGUUACCGGAGGUGUUGCGGCUUUGGGACUUUUUGUUUGCGUAUGGGCCGCAUUUAAACAUUCUUUGCAUCGUUGCGCAGUUACAUUUGAUGCGGGAUAAGAUUCUAAAGUCUCCGAGCCCGAGCAAUUUGUUGAGAUCGUUCCCUGCGCUGCAGGCGGAUUUGAUCAAGAGGGUUUCGAUGACGAUUUUGCAGAGGAUUCCGAGGGAUGUCUAUGCUGAGAUCGUUGCGCACGCACAGUAG